CGGCGAGGGCGUCCCGGGGGGCGGGGCGGAAGCCGCGUCUUAAGCUCUGUGACGCGCCGCCGUUGCGCUGCCGCGCUGUCGACGCCGCCUGUCCCGUGCCCGGUUUGGAGGUGCUGCCAGGAGUUCUCGGAUCCUCUGAGACCGUCGUUGGAUCUCAGAUCACAAAUCUGCAUUCUAAUUUGAACUGUGGGAAGACAGGAUAGUUGGUGGGUGGUAUUCCUCCCUGAAAGGCACGAUGUUUUCCAAACUAGCUCAUUUGCAGACGAUUUCUGUGCUUCGUCGCGGAGUUCAUUCCUCAGUGGCUUCUGCUACGUCUGUUGCGACUAAAAAGACAAUCCAGGGCCCUCCAUCUUCUGAUUACAUUUUUGAGCGAGAAUCUAAAUAUGGUGCACACAACUAUCAUCCUUUACCUGUAGCCCUGGAGAGAGGAAAAGGUAUUUACGUAUGGGAUGUAGAAGGCAGAAAAUAUUUUGACUUCCUGAGUGCUUACAGUGCUGUCAACCAAGGGCAUUGCCAUCCAAAGAUUGUGAAUGCCCUGAAAAGUCAAGCAGACAAACUGACCUUAACAUCUAGGGCUUUCUAUAAUAACGUACUUGGUGAAUACGAAGAGUAUGUUACGAAACUUUUCAACUACCACAAAGUUCUUCCUAUGAAUACAGGAGUGGAGGCUGGAGAGACUGCUUGCAAACUUGCUCGUAGAUGGGGCUAUACUGUUAAGGGUAUUCCAAAAUACAAGGCAAAGGUGGUUUUUGCAGCUGGAAACUUUUGGGGCAGAACACUGUCUGCUAUCUCCAGUUCCACAGACCCAACCAGUUACGAAGGUUUUGGGCCAUUUAUGCCAGGGUUUGAAAUCAUUCCGUAUAAUGAUCUGCCUGCUCUUGAGCGUGUUCUUCAGGAUCCAAACGUUGCCGCGUUCAUGGUAGAACCAAUUCAGGGUGAGGCGGGUGUCGUGGUUCCCGAUCCUGGCUACAUGAUGGGCGUGCGAGAGCUCUGCACCCGCCACCAGGUUCUGUUUAUUGCUGAUGAGAUACAGACAGGAUUGGCCAGAACUGGUAGGUGGCUGGCUGUCGAUCAUGACAAUGUCAGACCUGAUGUCGUCCUUCUUGGAAAGGCACUUUCCGGUGGCUUAUACCCUGUGUCGGCGGUGUUGUGUGACGACGAGGUGAUGCUGACCAUUAAACCGGGGGAGCACGGGUCAACCUACGGUGGCAAUCCACUAGGCUGCCGCGUGGCCAUCGCGGCCCUGGAGGUUUUGGAAGAAGAAAACCUUGCUGAAAAUGCAGAAAAAAUGGGUAUCAUCUUGAGGAAUGAGCUCAUGAAGCUGCCGUCUGAUAUUGUAACUGCUGUCAGGGGAAAAGGAUUAUUAAAUGCUAUUGUUAUUCGAGAAACCAAAGAUUGUGAUGCUUGGAAAGUGUGUCUGCGACUUCGAGAUAAUGGACUUCUGGCCAAGCCAACCCACGGUGACAUCAUCAGGUUUGCACCCCCGCUUGUGAUCAAGGAGGAUGAAAUUCAGGAGUCCGUGGAAAUCAUUAACAAGACCAUCCUGUCUUUCUGAGGGUGGUGACUGUUUCCAGUGCUGCCCGGAGCCAGCUAGAGACGGCGGUUCCUGUAAGUCCCAUAGCUUUCCUGUGCUUCGCGUGGGCACAGUCCACUCCUCAGCGUCCGAGGACUUUUUUUUUAAAUACACUUUGUUUUUUUCCAGUUCAUGCAUAAUAGAAUGACAUUUAUAAACACGCAGUUUGCUAUGUAACAUGACUAAGAGAAUGUAAUGGCAUCUAUAUUCGAUUCAGUUUCUCUGUGUGUGUGCUUUCUAAGAUGAAACACAUCUACUUGUAUAUAGAGAGCCUUUUAAUCAAGCCCUUCGGUAUAAUUUAUAUGUUUUUAUAAUUUCUUUACUGACACAAAUGUUUUGUAUUUGAAAAAGUUAUAUGGGGUGUUACGUGGAAGACUUGCUUAACCUUAAAAAGUUAAAUUAUAAUCAUUAAGUUUUAGGAAGCCUUGGUGGUUAAGCUUAUAUAAAAUACUGGAUUUAAGGAAACUUCAUAUUGGCCACAUCAAGAUGUACCCUGUGAAUGUCAUUUUUAACUAAGAAUUCAUGUGUAACAUUCCCAAAUUAUGUUUUAAGUGAUACGAUUUGUAAAAAAAAAAAAAAAAGAUUUAUUUUCAGUUUUUCUUCAGCUUUAAAGUAAAGCUUAUAUUUAAAGUGUCUGUAGCGUGAUCAGUGUGCUGUUCGUGAUUACCCAGUGCUUUUAAGCUCCUUGAGAAUGUUCUUCCCUUGCUUUAUUUUGUGGAUUUUCUAAGAACAUUUCAGCUUCUUUGGUGAUAUCUAGAAACAGAAAUUAUUAAAAGAAAGUCUUUUGUUAUACUCCCUUUUCCUCUCUCAAAAUGAUUGUUUUUCCUGUGCUUAUGUGCUGGUAUUUACUAUUUUUAUUAAAGGAUCCUUAUUAAGCAUGGUA